UUUAAAUGUUCAGCUGCGUAUAUAUCACCAAACAAUAUAAUGUCCGUUGUGUAUGAAGAUGUGUCUGGAUGCAAUCCAACGACUAUACUCACUCAAUCUUCUACAUCAUUUAUAUAUUUUUAGAUGUGUUUAUGGGAUCAAAAUCACAUUAUCUGUUUGCAGUCAGGUCCGGAGCGCUGAGCUUUACUGAUUGCUGCUGUAGCAGAAAUAGAAGGUGUCAACCACCAAUAACUGGGUUGUAAUAUAUUCCUGUCUGUGUAUGUAACCUCAUUUUGCUGGAUUCAAUUUAUUACAAAGGAAGCAAUGAAAGCCAAAGCCAUAAUAAUAGCACAGUCUAAAAGACCAAGUGCUGUUAGCGCAGCCUGAAACUAUGCAUCAGGCUAGUUUUAAACACAGCUUGGGUAUGCAAUACGUUAUUUACAGCUGUGAUGUUUCUUCUUUUUUUCUACUCUUAAAUAGUGUUUCUUAAAAAGCUUUCCCUCGCCUUGCGUUCUGUGAAUCUACCUCUUUUUUUAUCCAGUGUGCGAGUGAUCCACAGUUGCAUGUAUUCGACCGCUUAUUGUAAUGUUCAUGUAACGCACUUGUUAAUCUUCGGUUUCCCUUUCGGGGGAAAACUUGCUGUACUUUCACCAGAUGCCAUUUUCACACGCUGGAAACAUGCUCCAUCAAUCAAUUUAUGUCACUUAACCAUGCUGCAGACCUAUUUGCACAAGUUAACAUGUAUACGUGUGUCAUACCGUUUCACCAAAAAUACUUUUACGUUUUUUGUGAUCUUGAUUGUAAGUCGGGUCCAAUGUUUCCAAAAAAUGCCGUUACUACAUUAGGGCCGUCGAGGACGUCACUUUGCACGUGUGGAAACUCGUCGCUGACUACAUUUCUCUAGCGGAUUCACUCAGUUCAAUAGUACGUACCCAGCCUGCGAGAAUGAACUACGCAGGAAAUCCUAUUGUGUAUUUCACCGUGAGUGUGAAAGUGAAUGGCAGAGCGAUGGUUAUUUAUUUGAACACAUCUCACUGAAUGCAAUGGUUGGUUUGUGUUAAAGACACGGUGUGUACAAUUAUUGCACUCGACUGUGGAAAUAUAUUUCCACAAAUGACUGUUCUAAAUAAACUGCUAUGAAGUAGCAACCAAAGCUCUCCUCUGAUUUCUGAAUUACAUGGGUGUGCGUUUUGGAAAGGUCAAAAUGUGUCAUAAAAGGGAACCGCGAGGAAAGAGCCAAAAAUGGUCGGCCCAUGUAGCUGAGGAAGUCGCCAGCGAGUGUUGCUCGAUCCCACUCUGUGACCCCCUGUGAUGAAGUUGGGGGAGGUACCAUCGGCUUAUAUAAACCCUGGGAAAUGGUGCACUGCAGAAUUCACAAAGGAGACACGAGCGAAUCCCAGGAGCCCGACCCGCCUCAAGCACAGAAGGAUGGCUUCACCUAACCUGGCGCUGUGUCUGCCGCUGCUGCUGUGGGCCAUAGUGGCGCCGAGCUGCUGCCAGCACUGGUCCUACGGACUGAACCCGGGGGGGAAGAGGGACGUGGACGGCCUCGCAGACGACGUGAAGCUGGUUGAGGUGUUUCAGCACGUGGACACACCCUGCAGUGUUUUGGGGUGUGCAGAAGAAUCACCUGUGGCUAAUAUCUACAGAUCCAAAGGAUUUCGUGGCAGUGUCACCAACAGGGAGAGUGGACACAUAACCUACUGAAAAUGCUGAUUACUUGAUUCUACAAUAAACAUUCUACAAGCAUAUAA